CUGAGGAUAUCAACGAUUAUAAAAGAGCUGAAAGAAUUGAUAGAAGUAAAAGAAACUUGGAAAGAGUUAAGAAGCAACUUCAACCAAGCGUAUCAAAAACUACGUUAUCGUUACAAGAUAUGCAAAUCAACCAACAAGAAGUUCCGAUAGAAGAAAUGAAUCAGGAAGUUGAUGAUGUUGGAUUGAACAAACAUUUGUUUAAAUCUUCGCCCGAAAGUUUGAUUGGAUCAAGUGGAGGAAAGUUAGAGGUUGGAGGAUGUGAGUUGGUUGUUCCACCUGGAGCAUUGGAAGAAGAUGUGAAGAUUAAACUGACUGCAUCACUUCCUCUAGAGAGUAAAUGUCUUGAAACUCCAACACUUCAAUGUGAACCAGCAUCCCUUACAUUCAAAAAACAAGUGACAAUAAAAUUACAAACUCAUGUUGUGUUGGAUGAAGAAACUGUUAGAAGAUGCAAGCUUUUACUUAGUAAGGAUGGAAUUAAAUGGGAAGCAACAAAAACUAGGUUAGAGUUUUCUGACAACUUUAUCUCAUUUCAAAUCAACCAUUUCUCAUGGUGGAAAGUUAUUUUUGAAAUAUUACAAAAAAGCGUUGACUUUUUAUAUAAAAUUCAACUGAAUUUCUUGCUUUACCAAAACGCUGGCGCCGUGGUUUGGAAAGUUUGUUGGAAUCUUGAUUUGGCCACAAAAGAAAAUAUCCUAAAAGAAGAAAAAUUCUCACAAGAAACCUGGAUCAUACCUGGAGGAAACAGUUUGAUUCUUCGUAUUGCGCCCCGUGAAAAAAAUACAAACGUUGAAAUCAACCCAUCAGUAAUCACCAAAACUGCCGAACAAAUAAAUAGAUCGUGUCAUUUUGAUCGCCGGUUUGAGGUUCAAGGCCAGUUUUCAAAUAGAAUUUGGUUAAAAGCAGAACGUGUUUGUGGGAAUCUUCAUGAAGAAGAGGAAAUUUUGUUCCCGUUACCUAACACACAAGGUCGACAGCCGACCAAUCAAAUCGUUAAUAUGGUUGGGAACAUGUUGGACCAUGCUGGAGUCCUUUGUAAGGAUGUCAAUAUUCAGUCAAGCUAAAGACGAAUGGUUUUAU